AUGGAGGUCGCCUCUGCAGGAGUGUCGAAUGGCGUCUCAGCACCUGCUCAGACGUCGUUCGUGGAUUCUGGGGCUGUGAUUCAGUACUUGGUCGAUGUCCUGCAAGCAACUCUAGGAGCUCUGAAAACUGAGCUCGAGAGCACGGGCAGCUUGCUAUCGGAGGCCAAAUACAGCGAGACAGUGCAGAGAUGCACACGCUUUGCUUCAGAAUCGCAGGUUGCUCUUUAUGUGCAGAAGGAUCUUGUGGCUUCAGAAGGAGCGAAUGUUGCAGAGGAUGGUGAAGUUUCUUCUGUUCAGUAUGCCUACAACCUGUCCGCUGAAAUCUCCUCCUCCUCUACCACGGUCGCCUCUGUCGCAUUUAUCAAACGCCCUGCUCCCAUUGACCCUACGCUUCCCAUAUCGUCGCAAAUUCAGGUUAUCAACCUCCCCGGCCCAGCAUCCCUCAACAACGCUCAAGCGCAACAAGGUACCUCUUUGUCUCCUUAUGAGGUCCUGCAUCUGCUCGUGCACCAUGCGCUGAGCCCCUACUUCGAGGCCAAUACCCGCAAUCAGGAUGCAGCUACUGGUUCGAAACCCAGAACGGAUACUGAGGUGAAGACUGGGGUGCCUGGGACCAAAAAGAAAUUCGCAGAACUGGAACUCGGCUUGCUCCACCUUCAACAGAAUGUUGAGAUCCCGGCGUUGAACCUGCCGCUCCAUGAGGUAGUCCAAGCCGCCCUGGUCGAAGCGGAGACCCGAGGGAUCAAGCCCUCCGUGGAGCUGAUUCCCUCAAACGUUCUUGAGAGUAGUGCUUUCAUCAACAGCAUUCAAAAUACUGUCAAUGCUUGGAUCAGGUCUAUCCAGACAAUCACGAAAAUGUCUCGCGAUGCCGAUAGCGGAUCGGCAGCUCAAGAGAUCAACUUCUGGCUGUCGAUGGAGACCGCUCUCGAGGGUAUCGAAAAUCAACUGCGCAGUGAUGGUGUUCAGUUGACCAUGGAUAUUCUCCGCCAUGCCAAACGUUACCAAGCAACGCUCAGCUUCGUUGCCGACACUGGCUUGCGAGAGGCUACGGACAUGGUGCAGAAGUACAAUCAGCUGAUGCGUGAUUUUCCCCUGGAUGAACUGCUUUCUGCCACCACUUUGCAGAAAGUGCAGGAAUCCCUUGGUCUGAUUUUUGGCCAUCUUAACAAAAAGCUGAAGAUUUGCCCUUACCCGAUCAAGCGAGCUCUUGCCCUUGUCGAAGCCAUCUCCGGUGACCUUGACACGCAAAUUCAUAGUCUGCUUCACGGCCGAACCAUUUUGCACCUGGAUUAUCGCGAAUUCCGUUCUCUGAUGAAGACGUGUGGUGCGAUCUGGCGAGCUUGGGAUGAGAAUCUGAAGGAGUUCACCAACGUCGCUCGUGAAUCCACAAGACGUCGAAAUGAAAAGUUCAUCCCAAUCAAGAUCGCUGCGCGGCACGAAAAGACACAGGAACGGCUGAAGUACAUCAACACAUUCAGAGUGAACCACGAGCAGCUUCAGAAAACGAUCGUAAACGUACUCGGCCCAAAGACUUCGUCUACUGGAGACACCGCCAACGGAGCAGGCUCUGACGGUGCCGUGAUCGUCGAAGAGAUUGGAGAUGUUGAUGCGGUCGAGGAAGUUGCACAAGCAUAUGCUGCCCUGAAGAAUGUAGAUGUGCUGGAUGUAUCUCCUGAAGGCACCCAGCAGUGGAUUCAGGAGGAAAUUGCCUAUAAUGAGCGGACCUCUCGUGUUGAAAACUCCAUCAUUGCUCGCUUGCGCGAUCGUCUGGCUACAGCUAAGAAUGCCAACGAAAUGUUUCGUGUCUUUUCAAAGUUCAAUGCUCUUCUUGUUCGCCCAAAGAUUCGAGGUGCGAUUGGCGAAUAUCAAACUCAACUUAUUGAGAACGUCAAACAGGACAUUUCCGCCUUGCAUGAGCGCUUUAAACAGCAGUAUGGCCACUCGGAGGCACAUGCGAUGGCACAGUUGCAUGACCUUCCCCCUGUGUCAGGUGCAAUCGUCUGGGCCCGCCAGAUUGAGCGGCAACUCGACGGUUAUAUGCGAAAAGUCGAAGAUGUCCUUGGAGAGGAUUGGCAUCUCCACUCGGAAGGUCAAAAGCUCCAAGCUGAGAGCAAUCUCUUCCGGAAGAAGCUGGAUACUCGGCCCGUUUUUGAAUCGUGGCUGCAUGAUGUGCAAAGGCGUCACAUCACCAUUGGUGGCCGACUGUUCAAUGUUACGCGCAAUCGCGCUGCAGGAAACAGCCUAGAGCUCAUUGUCAACUUCGAUGCUCAAAUUAUUGCAUUGUUCAAGGAAGUCAGAAACCUCAUUUGGCUUAAUUUUCAAGUUCCGCAUGCGGUCAGCAGUAUCUCAAAAGAGGCUAAACGUGUUUAUCCAUACGCCAUCAGCCUGAUGGAAAGCGUUCGGACCUUGCUCCAAACCACUCGCUCCAUCGCUGCCAUGACAGAGGUUGCUAUCCUACUCAACGGGUAUUUGAACGAUGCACAAGGCAUGAUCAUCAAAGGAAUUCCCCUAAGAUGGGAGUCUUUCGUUCAUUCAUACGAACUCCACGUAAAACAAUCUGCCCUCGCCAACGGCGCCAUUGAGUCUGCUAUCCCAGGCAGAGGAGAGAGCAAACAUGUUCAAUUCGUCCGAGAAUUUGCAGGAUCAGCGUCAGUGCUGCAAUCAAAGACGGCUGUUUUGUCUUCAAUUCACGAAAGCAUCCAGAAAGCCAUCCUUGAGCUGAAAACAUGCCCGUACGAGGCAUCAGCAUUCAGGCAGCGUCUGGACACGAUACAAGUCGCUGUUGACAAGCUUAAUCUGGAGAACUACGUCAACCUGGGGUACUGGGUUGCGCGUUUGAACCAAAAAAUCGAAUCUAUCCUUCGUGACCGGCUCCAUCGCGCCAUUCGUGAGUGGAUCCACUCCUUCCACGAAGCCAAGGAGCAACAGAAUGCUUCACAAGUGUCGACUGGAACCCAGCAUCCGGCCGCGGGCGAGUCAGAGGCUGUAUCCUACAAAAUAGAAUUCCCGGAACUAGUCCAUGAAAUUUCCAUGCGCAACCAGGUCCUUCAUCUUGAUCCGCCUUUACAAUAUGCUCGAGCGAGCUGGUUCUCCCACUUCGACAAUUGGCUUGGCGUGAUCUGCCAUUUGGAGAAGAUCAAAUCAUCCCGAUAUCAGAUAUCGAUCGAUGUGCAGAAAGUUCAGUUGUCCGAAGCUUGCUUCGCUGAUCUUCCGCAGCACUGCACCGAAGAACUUAGCCAUGUCUAUAGUGUUGUGGAGGGCAGGCUCAAGGAAGUUUCGGAGUACGUCGAUAAAUGGUUACAGUUCCAAUCUCUGUGGGACUUGCAAUCUGAACAAGUGUACGACAUCCUAGGCGAUGACCUAGCGCAAUGGCUCCAGUUGCUUCAGGAAAUUCGUAAGAGCCGAGCCACAUUCGACACUUCCGAGGUCAGUCGGUCAUUCGGCAACAUCAAAAUAGACUAUGAGCAAGUCCAGACCAGGGUCAACGCCAAAUACGAUCAGUGGCAGCACGAGAUUCUAUUGAAAUUCGGAUCGAAGCUCGGAGCCCGAAUGAGAGAAGUGCAUUCAGAGAUUGCCGCCGCCCGUAGGGACCUGGAGGGACAAACCCUCGAAGCUUCUUCAACCGCUCAUGCAGUUUCCUUCAUCACAAUAGUCCAACAAUGCAAGCGCAAGGCAAAGGUUUGGGAGCCGGAAGUCAAUAUCUUCCGACAAGGCCAGACUACCCUAGCCCGCCAGCGAUACCAGUUCCCGAACGACUGGCUCCAUGUGGAGAACGUCGAUGGCGAGUGGGCAGCCUUGAACGAAUUGCUUGCACGGAAGAGCAAGAUUGUCCACGACCAGACGGAAGGGCUGCGCGCGAAGAUCACGGCUGAAGACAAAGUCAUCGGUGAUAAGAUUACCGAAGUUAUUGCGCAGUGGAAUGAAGAGAAGCCCGUAUCUGGAACUAUUCCGCCUGAGGAGGCAUCUCGGACUCUGAGCUCCUUCCAGUCCCGCCUUGAAGCUCUUCAGGCCGAAUUUGAGAUGGUGUCCAAGGCCAAAGAAGCUCUCGAUCUUCCGGCUAGCUCAGAGUCCUCGUUACCAGCAAUUCUCGAAGAGGUACAGGAUUUCAUGUCAGUGUGGGCAGCUCUGUCAACCAUCUGGAAGAGCCUCAAUGACCUGAGAGACAUGCUAUGGACUAGCGUGCAACCCCGAAAGCUCCGUCAGUCGAUCGAUGGCUUGAUCAAGAUGACCAAGGAAAUGCCCAGUCGUAUGCGCCAGUAUGCGGCAUUCGAGCACAUACAAAACGUCCUGCGACAGCUCCUGAAGGUCAAUCCCCUGCUUUCCGACAUGAAAUCCGAAGCUGUUCGUGAAAGGCAUUGGCAGAAAAUUUACAAAGCUCUCAAGCCUGGGAAGCGAUUUUCUCUCGUUUCCCUUACACUGGGAGAUGUAUGGGAUCUGCAACUUGCGACCAGUGAGACUGUCAUCCGCGACAUUAUCGCCCAGGCACAGGGCGAAAUGGCUCUAGAGGAGUUCUUGAAAUCUGUUCGGGAGACGUGGCAAAACUAUUCUUUGGAUCUUGUCAACUACCAGAAUAAAUGCCGCCUGAUUCGUGGGUUCGAUGACCUGUUCGCGAAAUGCAGUGAGAAUCUGAACUCCCUGCAGGCCAUGAGACAUUCGCCAUACUACAAGGAGUUUGACGAGGAAGCUGCUUCCUGGGAAGACAAGCUAAACAGAGUUCACGUCCUCUUCGAUGUGUGGAUUGACGUUCAAAGACAGUGGGUAUACCUUGAGGGAGUGUUUACUGGUAAUGCCGAUAUCAAGCAUCUUCUUCCCCUUGAAUCGAGCCGCUUCCAAAACAUCAAUUCCGAAUUCUUCGCGGUGAUGAAGAAAGUGUACAAGUCUCCUUUUGUUCUCGAUGUGCUUGCCAUCAACGGUGUGCAAAAGUCAUUGGAGAGACUGGCCGAGUUGCUCAACAAGAUUCAAAAGGCUCUGGGUGAAUACCUCGAACGUGAACGUAUCUCUUUCCCUCGUUUCUACUUCGUCGGCGAUGAAGACCUGCUGGAGAUUAUCGGUAACAGCAAUGACAUCUUCCGCGUCGCGAAGCAUUUCAAGAAGAUGUUUGCUGGAUUGUCAGGCGUCCUCAUGGAUGACGAGAAUAACAUCGUUGGCAUCACUUCGAAAGAGGGCGAAGAGGUCCGCUUGAAGAGAGAAAUCAAUCUUCUUAAGACUCCCAGGAUCAAUGAUUGGCUCACGGCACUGGAAAGCAGCAUGAAAUUGACCCUGGCGGAACUCCUCGGAGAGGCAAUUGAGCAAUUCGAGACAAUCUACAAUGCCGCCGAGGUCGACCGCACUGCUUUCAAUGACUACUUGGCCAACUAUCCCGCGCAGAUUGUCGUUCUUGCCAGCCAAGUUGUCUGGACCAACGCUGUGCAGAAAUCUCUGGAAAAUGGAGGAGCGAAUCUCAAAGACUUGUAUGACGCCCAAGUCCGAGUGCUGGAGGUGCUUGCUGCUACUGUGCUUGGGGACCUAGAUGCGAUUAGUAGAAAGAAGUGCGAGCACAUGAUCACUGAAUUCGUACACCAACGCGAUGUCAUCUCGAAACUCAUGACGGCCAAUGCCAACGUCCCGACGCACUAUUUGUGGUUGCUGCAGAUGCGCUAUGUUUACCAUGCCGAAGGCGAUUUCCUCCAGCGGUUACACGUCCAUAUGGCAAAUGCUAAGCUCAGUUAUGGCUUCGAGUACCUCGGAGUACCUGAACGCCUCGUCCGCACACCUCUUACCGAUCGCUGUUUCCUGACCCUCACUCAAGCUUUGUGUCAAAGAUUGGGUGGUUCACCGUACGGCCCUGCUGGUACAGGAAAGACUGAAUCAGUCAAGGCAUUGGGUCUCCAACUUGGCCGUUUCACUCUUGUGUUUUGCUGUGACGACACUUUUGAUUUCCAGGCAAUGGGCCGAAUCUUCCUGGGUAUUUGCCAGGUUGGUGCAUGGGGCUGUUUUGACGAGUUCAACCGUCUGGAAGAGAGAAUUCUGUCCGCGGUCUCUCAGCAAAUUCAAAACAUCCAAAUAGGUUUGAAAACUGGAGUUGACGAUGAGAAGGCGCAGAUCGAGCUGGUCGGAAGACGACUACGUGUUAAUCCCAACACCGGAAUCUUCAUUACCAUGAACCCUGGCUAUGCGGGCCGUUCAAAUCUGCCCGACAACUUGAAGAAGCUAUUCCGGAGUGUUGCCAUGUCGAAGCCAGACAAGGAGUUGAUUGCGGAAGUGAUGCUUUUUUCUCAGGGUUUUAAGCAAGCAAAGCAUUUGUCCAAGCAGACAGUGCCUUUCUUCGACCACUGUGCCUCGCAGCUGUCAAAACAAGCCCACUACGACUUCGGUCUGCGUGCUCUUAAAAGCGUAUUGGUCAGCUCUGGGGGUCUCAAGCGAGUGAGAAUUGCUAGUACCGAUGGCGACCUUGGCCCGGACGAGAUCAUUGAACCCCAAAUUAUCGUUCAAAGUCUGCGGGAAACAAUUGCCCCCAAGCUUGUCCGUGAAGAUGUAGACAAGAUGCUCGAGAUUCAAGCGCACACCUUCGCUGGAGUGGAGUAUGUGCCCGCAAAUUACGAGAAGCUUACGCAGGCAAUCCGGGACAUCGCUCACGAGCAACACUACGUCGACAGUGAGAUGUGGAUCGCAAAAGUCCUCCAGCUUUACCAGAUUCAGAGCAUCCACCAUGGUGUCAUGAUGGUGGGCAAGUCUGGAUCCGGCAAGUCGGCCGCUUGGAAGAUCUUGCUCCAGGCCUUGCAACGGAUCGAAGGCGUUGAAGGUGUCUCCCACAUCAUUGACUCCAAGGUCAUGUCCAAGGAAGCACUCUAUGGUAAUCUUGAUAGCACUACCAGAGAAUGGACAGAUGGUCUGUUCACGGGCAUCCUGAGAAAGAUCGUGGAUAACCUCCGAGGUGAGGACGCAAAGAGACACUGGAUUGUGUUUGAUGGCGAUGUCGACCCUGAAUGGGUUGAGAACCUAAACAGUGUCCUUGAUGAUAACAAGCUCCUGACCCUUCCAAACGGAGAGCGUCUGAAUCUUCCUCCUAACGUCCGUAUAAUGUUUGAAGUUGAAAGUCUGAAGUACGCUACCCUGGCUACAGUCAGUCGUUGUGGUAUGGUAUGGUUCAAUGACGACACUGUCACUCCUCUGAUGAUGAUUUCCAACUACGUCGAGUCGCUCAAAACGAAGAUCUUUGAGGAUUUGGAUGAUGACAGUGCCCCAGCAGGACAAGCUGCAGUCAAAACCCAAGACGCACAGGACAUGCUUUCCACGAUUCUCAAGCAGCUUUUGGAGACUGAUGAGCUUGUGCUGAAAUCUCUUGAUGAAGCCAAAAAGUACAACCAUAUCAUGGAGUUCACCGAUAUCCGUGCCCUCAAUACUCUGUUCAGCUUGUUGAACAAGGCCUGCCGGAACAUUCUCGAGUAUAACAUUCAGCAUGUCGAUUUCCCGCUCGAUCAAGAACAGAUUCAGUCGUACAUUUCCAAGAAGCUCCUCCUUGCUCUCGUCUGGUCCUUCACCGGAGACUGCCCCUUGACUGACCGCCAGGCCUUCGGGCAGUUUGUGUCAGCUUUGUCGACAACAGAACUGCCGCCUGACGGAGCCUCCUCCCUCAUUGACUUUGACAUCACACUGCCCAAGUCGGAGUGGACGAGCUGGCAGUCACAAGUCCCGUCAAUCGAGAUCAACACCCACUCCAUCACACAAACCGAUGUGGUCAUCCCAACCGUGGAUACUGUUCGCCAUGAAGACGUUCUCUACUCCUGGCUCGCCGAGCACAAGCCACUGCUGCUCUGUGGUCCACCAGGUUCCGGUAAGACUAUGACUCUAUUUGCAGCACUCCGAAAGCUGCCAAACAUGGAAGUGGUGGGCCUGAAUUUCUCAAGCGCCACCACUCCGGAUCUUUUGAUCAAGACUUUCGAACAGUACUGUGAAUAUAAGAAGACUUUGAAUGGUGUUGUUAUGUCUCCCAACCAAAUAGGUCGCUGGCUGGUUAUUUUCUGCGACGAAAUCAACCUUCCUUCGCCAGACCGUUACGGAACGCAACGGGCGAUUACCUUCCUGAGACAGCUUGUUGAGCAGAACGGUUUCUGGAGGACAUCGGACAAGACUUGGGUCACCCUGGACAGAAUUCAAUUUGUUGGAGCUUGCAAUCCUCCAACUGACGCGGGACGUACCCCUCUAGCCGAGCGUUUCCUACGCCACUCUCCUCUAAUUAUGGUCGAUUAUCCUGGAGAAAUCUCGCUCACGCAAAUCUACGGAACAUUCAACUCGGCUGUGCUCAAAAUCAUUCCAUUGCUACGCGGAUACUCCGAGUCCCUCACCAAAGCCAUGGUGCAGUUCUACUUGGAAUCCCAGCGCAGAUUCACGCCUCAGAUCCAGCCGCAUUACGUGUACUCUCCCCGUGAGCUUACACGAUGGGUUCGUGGUGUAUAUGAGGCUAUAAAGCCACUUGAAACGCUCUCCGUCGAGGGCCUGGUGCGUAUAUGGGCACAUGAAGCUUUGCGUCUGUUCCAGGAUCGACUGGUCGCCGAAGAAGAGAGGAAUUGGACAGCCGAUGCAGUCCGCCGCAUUGCACUUGACAACUUCCCUACUAUUGACGAGGAACAAGCGCUCAAGGGGCCAAUCUUGUUCUCGAAUUGGUUGUCUAAGAACUAUAUCCCUGUUGAACGGGAGCGACUACGCGACUUCGUCAAGGCUCGCUUAAAGACCUUCUGCGAGGAAGAGGUUGAUGUACCUCUCGUGCUCUUCAACGAUGUAUUGGAGCAUGCACUGCGCAUUGACCGGGUGUUCCGCCAGCCUCAGGGCCACCUCAUCCUCAUUGGUGUCAGUGGAAGUGGUAAAACGACAUUGUCUCGCUUUGUGGCGUGGAUGAAUGGUUUGAAGGUCUUCCAGAUCAAGGUACAUGGAAAGUAUUCUUCGGAGGACUUCGAUGACGACCUAAGAACGGUUCUUCGACGCGCAGGCUGUAAGGGCGAGAAAAUCUGCUUUAUCAUGGACGAGGCCAAUGUUCUUGACUCUGGUUUCCUUGAACGCAUGAACACAUUGCUCGCUAAUGCCGAAGUUCCCGGUCUGUUCGAAGGAGAUGAGUUCUCGUCUCUGAUGACCGCUUGCAAGGAGGGCGCUCAACGCCAAGGCCUUCUCCUCGACUCUCAGGAAGAGCUUUACAAGUGGUUUACGCAGCAGAUUGUCAAGAACCUUCACGUAGUGUUCACGAUGAACCCUCCUGAGGAGGGACUAUCUUCCAAGGCUGCCACGAGUCCCGCCCUGUUCAACCGUUGCGUACUCAACUGGAUGGGUGAUUGGUCUGAUCAAGCCCUUUUCCAGGUCGGUUCUGAACUCACUCAGUCACUCGAUUUGGACAAGCCAAAUUUUGUUGCACUUGACAGCAUUCCUGUCGCUUAUCGCGAUCUCAGCCUUCCUGCGUCUCAUAGAGAUGCGGUUGUGAACUCGAUGGUUUAUAUCCACUAUUCGUUGCAGAGGUUCAACCAGCGUCUGCAGAAGCAACAAGGAAAGACCACAUAUCUUACUCCCCGUCACUACCUUGACUUUGUCGCUCAGUAUGUCAAGCUGUUCAAUGAGAAGCGGGAGGAUCUGGAAGAGCAACAGAGGCACUUGAACGUCGGUCUGGAGAAACUCAGGGAUACUGUCGACAAGGUCAGCGACCUGCGUGCUAGUCUCGCUCAGAAGAAAAUGCAGUUGGAGAAGAAGGAUGCGGAAGCAAACGAGAAGCUGCAACGCAUGGUUGCCGACCAGAGAGAGGCGGAGCAACGGAAGGCUGUGUCUCUUGAAGUCCAGGCAGCCCUGGAGAAGCAGGAGAAGGAAGUGGCUUUGCGCAAGGAAGUUGUGCUCAAUGACUUGGCUCGAGCCGAGCCCGCUGUUCUUGAGGCUCAGAAAAGUGUGCAAAACAUCAAGCGUCAGCAUCUUACGGAAGUUCGUUCUAUGGGCAACCCGCCCGCUAGCGUUCGACUUGCUCUCGAAGCCGUUUGCACUCUGCUUGGCCACAAAGUGGACAGCUGGAAGACGAUCCAGGGUAUUGUCAGAAGAGACGAUUUCAUUGCCAGUAUCGUCAAUUACGACAAUGAGAGGCAGAUGACAAGGAAUCACCGCCUCAAGAUGCAGAACGAGUUCCUUUCAAAGGAGGAUUUCACUUACGAGCGAGUCAACCGAGCCAGUAGAGCCUGUGGUCCCCUGGUUCAGUGGGUGGAAGCUCAAGUCAACUACUCCGAGAUUCUCGACCGUGUCGGACCGCUGCGUGAGGAAGUCGGUCAACUUGAAGAGCAAGCCUUGCAGACCAAGGCAGAGGCUCAGGCCAUCGAGAAUACCGUCCAGAACCUUGAGAGCAGCAUUGCCACUUACAAAGCUGAAUAUGCUGCCCUCAUCAGCGAAACCCAGGCCAUCAAGACAGAAAUGUCAAGAGUGCAGUUCAAGGUCGACCGAAGUGUGCGCUUACUUGAUAGCUUGUCGUCCGAGCGUACACGUUGGGAGGAGGGAAGCAAGUCAUUCGAAACCCAGAUCAGCACUCUCGUGGGUGAUGUUCUGAUUGCCGCAGCUUUCCUAGCUUAUGCUGGUUUCUACGAUCAACAAUUCCGGAAGGCCAUGAUUGAUGACUGGGUGAACCAACUGGCACAAUCGGGCAUCAACUUCAAGCCACACAAUCCGAUUACAGAGUACUUGUCGAAUGCUGACGAACGCUUGACUUGGCAAGAUCAUGCCCUUCCAGUUGACGAUCUCUGCACCGAAAACGCCAUCGUCCUGAAGCGGUACAACAGAUACCCUCUGAUCAUCGAUCCUUCGGGUCGUGUCACCGAGUUCCUGCAGAAGGAAAGUACGGAUAGGAAACUUACGGUCACAAGCUUCCUGGACGACUCCUUUGUCAAGCAACUGGAGAGUGCCCUGCGUUUCGGUAAUCCAAUCCUCAUUCAAGAUGCGGAGCACUUGGAUCCCAUCCUCAACCAUGUGCUCAACAAGGAAUAUCAAAAGACUGGUGGACGUGUUCUCAUCCAGCUCGGGAAACAAGAGAUUGAUUUCUCGCCUUCAUUUAAGCUUUUCCUCUCGACAAGAGACCCUUCUGCGUCUUUCCCGCCGGACGUAUGCAGUAGAACCACUUUUGUCAACUUCACCGUUACACAAAGCAGUUUGCGAACUCAAUCGCUCAACGAAGUACUCAAGUUUGAGCGACCGGAUGUGGACGCGCGGCGCACCGACUUGGUCAAGCUGCAGGGAGAAUUCAAGAUCCAUCUCCGUCAGCUCGAGAAACGGCUGCUGCAAGCAUUGAACGAAUCCCGCGGCAACAUCCUGGAUGAUGACAACGUUAUUGAGACUCUAGAGACCCUAAAGAAGGAGGCGGCCGAGAUCUCCAAGAAGAUGGUGGAGACCGAGGGCGUCAUGACGGAGGUCGAAAAUAUCACCUUGAACUACAGCAUCAUCGCUCGCUCCUGCAGCGCUGUUUUUGCUGUGUUGGAGCAGCUUCAUCACAUCAAUCACUUCUACCAAUUUUCGCUGCAGUACUUUGUGGAUAUUUUCCACUCGGUCCUCUAUCAGAACAAACGUCUUGCCGCGGAGAAAGACCACUCAGCGCGUGUGCAAAUUAUUCUCAAGGAUUUGUUCGUUACGACGUUCCAGCGGACUUCACUGGGGCUGGUUCAGAAAGACCGUAUCACGCUGGCCAUGCUUCUCGCCCAAGCCGCUCCUUAUCCGAUGGACAAGACAAUCAUUGAUAUCAUUCUCGACGAGUCGGUGCAGGGUGCCGAUCUGUCGACUGCUCCGGAACUUAAAGAGCAGGUUUUGAGCAAGAUCUCGAACAUGGCAAUCUUCAAAGCGUCGUUUGCGAAUAUCUCACAAGAACAAUGGGAUCAGUUUUUGGGCGAGGAAUUGGCCGAAAACUCGGUCCCGGUGGUUUGGGACGACAACACCGAGCAGCUCGACCGACUGCUUCGAUCAUUAUUGAUUGUGAAGCUUUGCAGGCUGGACAGAUUCGUACCAGCUGCUGAGCGUUUCAUCGAGGCGGUCUUUGGCCGAGAAUUCUUUGAAGGAAGUUCCGAUUUGAAGGAGGUUGUAGAACAGGUUGCAGCAACGACACCAAUCUCUCUCAGCUCGAGUCCUGGAUUUGAUGCUAGCUACAAAGUGGAUGCUCUCGUCGAACGUAUGCACGCAACCUGCGCCAAUAUUGCAAUGGGAUCCAACGAAGGUCUCGAAAGUGCCGACAAAGCAAUCAGCAAUGCUGCUACUGCCGGAACGUGGGUACUGGUCAAGAACGUACACCUGGCACCUUCGUGGCUUCAGAGUCUGGAGAAGAGGCUCGACUCACUCAAACCUCACAAGGAUUUCCGACUCUUCCUGUCAAUGGAAUCCAAUCCCAAGAUUCCAGUCAAUCUCAUCCGCGCUUCUCGCGUUCUGAUGUACGAGCAACCAGCCGGUAUUCGUGCAAACAUGAAGGACUCACUGUCUACUCUGAUGGUACGCGCCGGCCAACCUCCGGUCGAGAAAGCACGUGUCUAUGUCUUGCUUUGCUUCUUGCAUGCCGUUAUUCAAGAAAGACUUCGUUAUGCGCCUAGCCUGGGUUGGAAGGGCUUCUGGGAGUUUAAUGAUAGUGACUACGAAUGCUCGGCCCAUAUUCUCGACGUCUGGGUGGAGACGGUUGCGCAGGGUCGAUCCAAUGUUGCGCCUCAGAAACUUCCUUGGGAGAUGAUCCGUACCCUUGUGACGGAGACAUAUGGUGGCAAGGUCGACGACGGUGAAGACUUCCAGGCGCUGGAGAACCUUGUGAACAGCUUCCUCACUCCAGCUGCCUUUGAAGUUGACUACAAGCUCGUUUCUGGUGUUGAGAAGGACGAGUGCCUGGCACUACCUGGAGAAACCAGCAUCCGCGACUUUGUCGAAUGGGUCAACCGCCUCCCUGAGCGAGAGCCACCCACGUACCUCGGUUUGCCAGCCAAUGCUGAGAAACUAUUGUUGGUCGGGCAUGGCAACAAGAUGAUCUCGGACUUAUCCAAGAUCACUACUUUGUUGGAUGAAGGAGAGCAGUUGAUGAUCGAAGGUUAA